UUGUCAAACAAUCUCAGCUUGCUUUAAAGUAAAAGGUUUGAAUAUUGAAAUUGUGUACAUGAAAAAGAAUUAAUAUUUUUUACAUCUUUUUAUAAAAAUCAAAAACUAUAUUUCGUUUGAUUUUUGCUUGAGUUAAAUAAAACUACUCCAAGAUGGCGUCGUCUGAAUCUUUGGUUACGGAAAAUGCCUCUAAAACAUACUCAGGGAUCCCCAAAGCUGAAUUUUUGGAGGAUGUUGAUAGCUACAUGGCCUCUGCGGAGGAGACUGCUGAGAGUGCCCUGAAGAAACUGGAUGAGCAGCACAACAAAUACAAGUUCAUGGAAUACAAUCUGAAUACUAAGAAAAACAGACUGAAGUCGCAAAUUCCAGACAUAAAGAAAUCUCUAGACAUAAUUUCUCACUUACAAGCAAAAAAGAGUUCCAGUGAGGCAAUGGAGACAAGGUUCCUGCUAUCUGACCAGGUCUUUGCGAGAGCGCGGGUCCCACCCACUGAUAAAGUCUGCUUAUGGCUAGGAGCAAAUGUAAUGUUAGAGUACAAUAUAGAUGAUGCAGAGGCAUUGUUACGUAAAAAUCAGGAGGCUGCCACAAAAAGUUUAAAACAAGUUGAGGAAGAACUUAGCUAUAUAACUGAGCAAACUACUACCCUAGAAGUUAAUAUGGCACGUGUCUAUAACUGGGAUGUGAAAAAGCGUCGGCACAAUGAACAAUCCAGCAAAUCGUCAUAGCAACGUAUUUUCUUAGAAACAUCAUAGAAACCGGGUUGUACUCAGCAUUUGAACAACACAAAAAUAAUUGUGCUAUUAUCUUCUCUUUUUUUUAAAUUAAUAUUUAUUACUAUUUUACUUGCUUUUUUUUACUGAAAGCAGAUGCAAUAAUACUUUAGUUAUAAACAAACAGUUUCUGAAAUUCUGGAAAGAACAUUUGUUAAGGAAGUAAUUUUUUUGUAAAUUUCUCACUAACUUGAAAUUUUGUUUUCCAAUUCACUGCAGUAUUGUGCAUGCUUUUUUACAAUUGUAUAUGUAACGCAGUACCGCCCUGUGUUCUUCUAGUUCAUUUCAAUCAUGUUCAUGGUUUCAAAAAGAAUAAAAAUCAAAGGAUUAUUGAAUAUUUAUAUCUACAUGUUAACUAUUCAGGGCUUCAACUUACUUUACUGAUUUGUUGAACCCUACAUUGUCAAAAUCAGUAUUACUUUUAGAUAUUUGAGGAAUUGUAUGUCAAAAAGAGCCAAAAUACAAUUCUCUCAGCAAAAUAUAGAAACAAAUUUUACCAAUGCCAAAGAAUGUCCUACUAUUAAAUAAUGACUUUUAUAUAAAUUGCAUGCUUACCACAUUUGUUUACUCUGCCAAAGGAGGCUGGAUAUAGAAUUUUGGUCUUCUGUCUGUAUGUCACACAAUUUUGUAAGGGGGAUAUCUCAGAAACUACUAGUAUAUCAGAUAUCAACAUGAAUCUUCAUGGGUGUAUAGAUAUCAAUGGCAAGAGAUAUCAAUUCAACGAAUUUGCUUGUGAUUUUUUAAAAGUUUUUGCUAACUCUUUUUUUUUCAAUAAUGUAAAGGUCUAUGAGUAUAUGCUAGGUAGAAUCAUAGGAGGCCUGGUCAUAUUUGUUUAAAGUAAAGCAACAGCAAGUCAACAUAUAGAUAUGAUGAUUACAAAUCAAUGAGAUGUGUUCUCAGAGGGUGUUGUUGACUUGUGCUCUGAAAUGUUUUCCAAUUAAACUGACGUUUUCUAUGCUUGCAUUUUAUUUCUUCAAAUUACCAUGGGCAUUUUAUAUCUGCCAUUGUGUACAUAUGUAAUUUGUUUGCAGCUUAUCCCCAUAUCAGAAUAAAUUCCAGAUGCUUUUCAAA